CGCAGUACUUCUCCCCAUCCGCGUCCACCUCGUAUCCUGUUUCAGGUCUAGCGAACUAAACGGGGUGGCACAUAUGGCCAUUGCCUUGGUUGAGUUUUUUUCUAUAGUUCCUUUGUUUACCUCAGUACCUCCGAUAUGCGGUCUAAACGUUUUCUCUGAGUAAGGACGUUACCAUUUCCCCCUCGCUCUCACCUUGAUGAGAAGUCAGAAGAAUGAUCGCAUCCUUGUCUAAAGGAAAUCUGCUUGACGUGCUGCAGGAGGGUCCUAAUGAGCAGCAACUGGCUGCCUAUGUGUCUUGGGUUAAUGCACAGCUGAGGAAGAAGCCCGGACUGAAACCUGUGAGUGAUUUACGACAGGAUCUCAGAGAUGGUGUGGUCCUAGCACACCUCAUUGAGAUAGUGGCCGGUGAGCUGCUGGAUGGCAUUCAUUAUGUGCCACGGGACGAUCAGGAGAAGAAGCAGAAUGUGGAGAAGGUUCUGCAGUUUGUGUCAUCCAAACGGAUCAGGAUGCCACAGACAUCUGCCAGGGACAUUGUGGAGGGGAACCUGAAAUCCGCCAUGAGGCUCAUCCUCGCUCUGGCUGCACAUUUUAAACCCUCCGCAUCAGCCAGUCACAGAGCUGGAGCUAGUGUAGGCAGGAGUUCCACUGGCUCCUCGGCCAAUCACAGACCUCAUUCCACCAUGGCCAUGGCCCAGAAUGCAGCAGCAGCACUGGCAGCAGCCAGGCAGGAUGCCGCACGCCCUGGCCGCUCCGUCUUCCAUCUGAGACAAGAAUGGAGUCGUGGCUGCUGUAGUGAAGAGGACAGUGAGAACCCUUGCUGGAGCGUCCGAGCAUUGGUCCAGCAAUAUGAGUCACAGAAGGGGUCAUUUGAAGAGGAGACAGAAGCUAGAUCCACUGGCCUCAGUUCACAGAGCCCCACCCACAGUCCCAAAGAAUCCAUCAGCCUAUCAGAUGUGAAGGCAGGGCUGUUAGACACCUUGUCCAGGGAGAAAACUAUUAAAUCAGAGGACACAGUGAAAUUGGCCCUGUGUGACCAGGCCAUUGUCUCGGGGCAUGAUGGUCAAGCUGGUGACUGCACCUGGGAGGACAAACUGUGUGAGCAACAGGAACAGCUGGAGAAGGAGAUGAAGGAGGCACGGAAAAUGGUCUCCAGCCUACAGGCUCUCCUUCUGCACGGUUCAUUACCUGAGGAUGAGCAGGAGGUGACGCUUAGUCUGGGUGAGGGAGUUGAAAAUGCAGAGCAGCAACUGGUUGUAAUACGAAGUCGUCUAGACCAGAGCAUGGAGGAGAGUCAAGAUCUAAAGAGGGAGCUAUUGAGGUUCAAACAGGAGGCUCGCAACCUGCAAGGAGUGAAAGAUGCUCUUCAGCAGCGUAUGGCUGGGCAGGAGUCCUUAGUCCUGCAGCUCAAACAGGAACUCCUGCGCACCAGUAUGGCCAAAGAUGAACUGGCAGGACAAAAUGCUGAGCUACAGAGGAAGCUAGAGGAGAGGAGCAGACUUCUCAGCGAAUAUAAGAAAGAACUGGGCCAAAAAGAUCGACUUCUGCAGCAGCAACAGCAGAAGCUGGACGAGGCACUGCGCAAGCUGACAGACAGCAGCAGCCAGCAGGCUUGCCUGCAGAGGGAGCUGGAGCACAAGGAGAGUAUUCUCAAAGAGUUAAUGAGCCAUGAGACAGAGCUUCCUGGCUCGCAAAACAACGGCUACUCACACCCACCACCGGUCACAACAUCAAAACCACACCAUGGGGCCGAGGAGCUGCAGUUAGUAAGAGAUGCUCUGCGUAGUCUGAGGAACAGCUUUGGAGGUCACGACCCUCAGCAUCACACUCUGGACACGCUUGAGCAAGGUGUGGCCAGCCUGAUGGAUCGCCUCUGUGACCUGGAAACAAGGCACAAACAGGAGAGGAGGAACCGAGGCAAAUCUCCAGGACAUAAAGCAUCUCACUCAGAUGGAGACUCCUGGACUCCUACUUCAAAAAUUGCUCAUUCUCACAGCAGCCCUGCACUAAACUCAUCAGCGUGCACCAAAGUCCUGUACUUUACUGACCGCUCACUCACGCCAUUCAUGAUCAACAUCGCCAAGAGGCUGGGGGAGGUCACCUUGCGAGACUUCAAGGAUGCCGUAGAUCGAGAAGGCAAUUAUCGGUACCAUUUUAAAGCACUGGAUCCAGAGUUUGGCACUGUGAAGGAAGAGGUUUUCCAGGAUGAUGCAGUGGUGCCUGGCUGGGAAGGGAAGAUCGUGGCCUGGGUAGAAGAGGAUCAUGGGCAAAUAGGGACUUAACAUGAGUCUGCCAGAAUCUGUCAAAGGAAAUAGACAUCAGUGCCAAAAAUGAAAUAACAUUGAUUUGUAACUUAAGUGUACAGAGAAUGGAGUUCUCUUCAGUGCCCUAAGAAAGUCCCAUGCACCCACUUUUUACUCAAUCCUGCAUGAGCUGAACAGCAGAAUGAAUCUGAAAGGACAUGGAGGAACAUCUGAAGGAUCACCAGAUGGAGAAAGUCCCAUUAUACCGGUAGUAAUACAUGCAUAUAACUUUACAGAGGAUGGGAGAAAAGCAUUUUUGAUCUGUUUUAAAGGUCUUGCCAUAGAACAGACACCCAUUCCAGCAUGAGCCUUUUGUUUGUUACUGUAAUGACACACUGGAUUUCUCAAUCGACCUAUUUUAAAGAAGGUUCUGCCAGAGUACUUUUUUGUUAAUUUCGUUUAACCAAAAUUGAAAUAAUUUUGCUGUGGAAAGAGACAAGUAGGGAAUCUUUACUGUCAAGAGCACUUGAGUGAAAGUGUUGUGAAAGAAUAGCAGUAAAAUGAUGUGUGAGUAUAGAGUGGAAAAGAGUUUAAAGCCUGUAGUUGCCUCACUAUGAGAUUGUUUUUGUUUUGUUAUCUUAGAGAAAGAGUUUCCCUAAAACAUACGUUAGACACAUUCCAAGGACCAAAGCAUUUUGCUUGUUUAAUAUAUGAUCUUACGAUAUCAUUUAGUAUGUCGUUUCAAAAAGCCGUCUGUUAGUAACAUUCACACAGGCGAUGAAGGCUUUUUUGUAUGAAUGUCUUUUGAGAGUAUGAAUUGAAGAUUUGACUGUAUGGUUGACUAUUUUGACACCAUAUAUAAAUGUAGUACAUAUAAUUUGCAAGAAAGUGCUUUCUGAUUAUUGCAGGCCUUUAAAUGUAAUUUUAGAAACUACGAGAUGUGCUGUUCAACUGCACUGAUCUGAGUUUACAGGAAAGUGCCUGAAAUCUGCUAGGAGAGAGAGGUGACAGGGUUUGCCUUUUGUAUUUUUGUUCUGUUUUAUAUUUAUGUAAAUAUGUUUAUAUCUGAGAGACAGAGCUAGGCAUAGUGCCUUUACACUGUAUAAAUGAUGUCCGAUAAAUACUGAAUAAUAUUUUAAAGAUAUGAAAAUGUCUCCUUUGUUUCCAAAAAAGGAUAUAAAUCAGAGAAGCCUGUUGCUAAUAAGAACCGCGUUGUUCACUCACAAUGGAUGGUAAUACAAAAUACAAGCAGCGGUAUGGUUUACUGAAAUUCUGCUUUCACCCUCUCGAUUACUGCUGUUUGCAUUUCUGGUUGAUUAAGAUUGUUAUUUGGUUUGCAAAUAAACCGUUUGAAGCAGUA